AUGUUUCAAACAAACCCAGAACCUUGUCUGCAUCUUUCUGAUUACAAGCUCAAACAUGGUUUCAGUGGCUACAAAGCCAUUCAAAAGCUACUUGUUAGUUCUCCAGUUGGGAGGACAAGUUUGAAGAAACCUAGUUUAAGAAUACCCAGAUGUAGUUACUGUAAUGGGGUGUGUGAAAAAAGGGUUUUUUUAUGUUUGAUUUGUUCUUCAUUCUCUUGUUUGGAUCAUACCCUUUUGCAUCCAGAAACUGAAACUGGUCAUGAUUUGUUUGUGGAUGUAGAAAGGGGUGAACUUUUUUGUGGGUUGUGUUGUGAUCAAGUUUAUGAUUCUGAUUUUGAUCAAGUUGUGAUGGCUAACCAUUCAAUGGUUUUGCCACAAGGUGUUGUUGGAAAUGAGAGUAUUGGCCAGAGAUUGAUUAAGAGAAGGAAAUUGGUUUCUGGGGUUGGGUUGUAUUUGAAUGAUAAAUCUAAGUUUAGUUUUCUUAAAGAUCUGAGAGGGAAGUCUUGUUUUCCUGAGGGAUUGAGGGGUUUGAACAAUUUGGGUAGUACAUGUUUUAUGAACUGUAUGUUGCAAGCAUUGCUACAUGCACCUAUUUUCAAGGACUAUUUCUUGAGUGAUGGACAUGAUUUGGAGGAUUGUAAAAGAAGAACUAUGGAUCGGUUGUGUUUGAUUUGUGAUAUUAAUGCUGUUUUUUCAGCUAUGUAUUCGGGUGAUCGGAAUCCUUAUAGCCCUGCUCAGUUUCUCUACAGCUGGUGGCAGCAUUCAGCAAAUUUAGCGAGUUACGAGCAGCAGGAUGCGCACGAGUUUUUCAUUGCGCUGUUAGAUGCAAUCCAUGAGAAAGAGGAUGUAACAAGGAAAGGUAGCAAAGGAAAUGGUGGAGACUGUCAAUGCAUUGCUCAUAAAGUGUUCUAUGGGCUAUUGAGAUCGGAUGUUACAUGUAUGGCUUGUGGAUUCACCUCGACAACCUAUGACCCUUUUUUGGACAUUUCACUUAACCUCGACAUUAAUAUACCUUUGGCCGAAAAGGGUAAAAAACUUACCAAACAGAAUGAGGACGACAACAUGUCUACACUUUUCGGUUGUUUGGAUUUGUUCACUAGGCCAGAGAAGUUGGGGCCGGACCAGAAACUUUACUGCCAAAAUUGUCAGGAAAGGCAAAACUCAUUGAAACAAAUGUCUAUUAGAAAGCUCCCUCUAGUACUUACUUUGCACGUAAAACGAUUUGAGCAUUCUUUUGUUAAGAAGUUGUCGAGAAAGAUUGAUCGCUACCUACAGUUUCCGUUCUCCUUGGACAUGACUCCAUAUUUGUCCUCUUCCAUUCUUAGAGCUAGAUAUGGAAAUAGAAUUUUUAACUUUGGAGGUGAUGAAUCAGAAACAUUUUCCAAGUUCGAGAUUUUCGCAGUGGUGACACAUUCGGGGACGCUCGAGUCUGGCCAUUAUGUUUCUUUUGUACGAUUAAGGAAGCAAUGGUAUAGAUGCGACGAUGCUUGGAUAACCGAGGUUGAUGAGGCAAUAGUCAGAGCUUCACAAUGUUAUAUGGUCUUCUAUGUGCAAAAGACUUUGUUCAAUAAUGCAAAUGAAGAUCUUAGUCACCUUCCAAAUUCACCUGGAAGAGAGGUGUUUAUUCCUAUUGCUGGUUGCUGCUAA